CCCUGUCUGAAUUAAACCUUAAAUGAUUAAAAUCUGUAGCUAAAAAAAAAUAAAAAAUAAAAUAAAAUACGAAAAUACGAAAAUAAAAUCCCCGGUUCGAUUCAAUUUGGUAGCCGGUUUGCGUCAAGACUGCACAUCUUUUACCCGUCAAAACUCGGAAGCGUUCCCAAGUAUUUUCUCUCCUCCUCAGUCCCGAACGGGGGCUUCUUACAAUAUUUCCACAAAAGCCCCCAAGCGGAAGGCGGCGUAACACCACGUUUGAUUUCCGUUUCCGGUCGCCGGAGUAUUGAUUGGUUGUGCGAGAAUGAGCGGACACGAUUCUAAGUAUUUCUCCACCACGAAGAAGGGUGAAAUCCCUGAGCUCAAAGAGGAACUCAAUUCUCAGUACAAGGAUAAGAGAAAAGAUGCUGUCAAAAAAGUCAUUGCUGCCAUGACUGUUGGGAAAGAUGUUUCUUCACUCUUCACUGAUGUUGUCAACUGCAUGCAAACAGAGAAUUUGGAGCUGAAAAAACUGGUUUACUUAUAUCUAAUCAAUUAUGCUAAAAGCCAGCCUGAUCUUGCCAUUCUUGCUGUAAAUACAUUUGUAAAGGAUUCACAAGACCCAAACCCUUUGAUUCGUGCCUUGGCUGUACGAACCAUGGGUUGCAUCCGAGUCGAUAAAAUCACUGAGUAUCUUUGUGACCCCCUUCAGCGGUGCCUCAAGGAUGAUGAUCCAUAUGUUCGCAAGACAGCUGCUAUAUGUGUGGCUAAACUUUAUGACAUCAAUGCUGAACUGGUUGAGGAUAGGGGUUUUCUGGAAGCUCUCAAGGAUUUGAUUUCUGACAACAAUCCAAUGGUUGUAGCAAAUGCUGUUGCUGCUCUUGCAGAGAUUCAGGAAACUAGUGCAAAACCAGUUUUUGAGUUAACCAGCAACACUCUAUCAAAGCUUCUUACUGCUCUAAAUGAAUGCACUGAGUGGGGUCAAGUUUUUAUUUUGGAUGCUCUUUCCAAGUAUAAAACAACUGAUGCUCGUGAAGCUGAAAACAUAGUAGAGCGAGUUACUCCCAGACUGCAGCAUGCAAAUUGUGCAGUUGUCCUUUCAGCAGUCAAGAUGAUCCUUCAACAAAUGGAACUGAUUACAAGCACUGAUGUAGUUCGAAAUCUCUGCAAGAAAAUGGCUCCACCGCUUGUCACAUUACUUUCAGCUGAACCAGAAAUUCAGUAUGUCGCAUUAAGGAACAUAAACUUAAUUGUUCAAAAAAGACCCACAAUCCUUGCCCAUGAAAUCAAGGUCUUCUUUUGCAAGUAUAAUGAUCCAAUUUACGUGAAGAUGGAGAAGUUAGAAAUCAUGAUCAAGCUUGCUUCAGACCGAAAUAUUGACCAGGUCCUAUUGGAGUUCAAAGAAUAUGCUACGGAAGUAGAUGUGGAUUUUGUGAGAAAAGCUGUUCGUGCUAUUGGACGAUGUGCCAUCAAGCUGGAGAGAGCUGCUGAACGAUGCAUUAGUGUCUUGCUUGAGUUGAUUAAAAUCAAAGUGAACUAUGUUGUUCAAGAAGCCAUUAUAGUAAUCAAAGAUAUCUUCAGGCGGUACCCUAACACAUAUGAAUCCAUUAUUGCAACACUUUGUGAGAGCCUGGACACUUUAGAUGAGCCAGAGGCAAAGGCGUCAAUGAUCUGGAUCAUUGGUGAAUAUGCUGAACGAAUUGACAAUGCUGAUGAACUUCUUGAAAGCUUUUUGGAGAGCUUCCCUGAAGAACCUGCACAGGUCCAAUUGCAGUUGCUGACAGCAACCGUGAAGCUUUUCCUUAAAAAACCUACUGAAGGCCCGCAACAAAUGAUUCAGGUUGUGUUGAAUAACGCCACCGUGGAGACUGAUAAUCCAGAUUUGCGUGAUCGUGCUUAUAUAUAUUGGCGUCUUCUCUCAACUGAUCCAGAGGCAGCGAAGGAUGUUGUGCUAGCUGAAAAGCCUGUGAUUAGUGAUGACUCGAACCAGUUGGAUCCUUCUUUGCUAGAUGAGCUUUUAGCAAACAUUGCCACCUUGUCUUCUGUAUAUCACAAGCCACCAGAAGCAUUUGUGACUCGUGUAAAGACGGCACAGAGAUCAGAGGAAGAUGAGUAUGCGGAUGGAAGUGAAGUAGAGGACUCUGAGACACCUUCCCAUGCAGUUGAAAACAGUCCACCUCCACCUGGCAAGCAACCUGGAGUUUCUCCAGCUCCACCUGCAGCUCCUGCACCUGAGCCUAAUUUGCUCGAUUUUGGCGAUGAUUCAGUUGAUGCUGGUCCUCCCUUGCCAGUUCUAUUAUCAGCUGCUACUGCUGAGGGAUUACAAAUUAGCGGACAGCUCGUACGUAGAGAUGGACAAAUAUUCUACAGCAUGUUGUUUGAGAACAAUACCCAGAUUGCCCUUGAUGGAUUUAUGAUUCAAUUCAACAAGAAUACUUUUGGCCUUGCUGCUGGUGGACCAUUGCAGGUUCCCCAAUUGCAACCUGGCACAUCUGCAAAUGCUCUGUUGCCUAUGGUUCUUUUCCAGAAUGUUUCACCCAAUCCUCCAAGCUCAGUUCUGCAAGUUGCUGUGAAAAAUAAUCAACAACGUGUAUGGUACUUCAACGACCAAAUCCCUUUUCUGAUAUUUUUUGGCGAGGAUGGCAGAAUGGAGCGUGGCGUCUUCCUUGAAGUAAGAAAAUUUUUAAUCGUUAGCUCAUUUUAACAUCUAUAGCACCUUGUCUGAAAAAAAUUAUGUUCUUAAAGUGGACAUUACUCCUCCCUUGUCUGGACUGAGUCUAGCCUCUUCGUUUGGGUAGAGAAUGUAGGUUUUUACUGUAGUUUUACUGGAUUUAGUUUAUUUUGAGGCAUCUGUUUAAGUUUUAAAGAAGAAUUCUGGAUUGAAACUCACUAUCGGCAAUGUGAGAUUAUGAGCAAGACUGUGUUGCUCUCAUGGAACCUGUGUUCCAGAUGCAUUUGCAAAAACACUUGGAUUCUGGUUUGUCAAUCACCAACCAAUGAUAUAUGAUUGUGUUAAUGUCCCAAAUUGUAGACGUGGAAAUCAUUGCCCGACUCAAAUGAAGUUUCGAAGGAGUUUCCAGGGAUGGUGAUAAAUAGCCUGCAAGUCAUAUUAGAUCGAUUGGCUGCUUCGAACAUGUUCUUCAUUGCCAAGCGCAAGAAUGCAAACCAGGAUGUGCUGUACCUUUCUGCAAAGAUUCCGAGAGGAAUUCCAUUCCUGAUAGAGGUAACUGCAGUUAUUGGAGUACCUGGUGUGAAGUGUGCAAUCAAGACACCCAGUCCAGAGAUGGCGCCACUGUUCUUCCAUAGCAUUGAGGCUUUACUCAAGAGUUAAACCUAAUGAUGAUUCUCCCUACCCCCCUCCCUCCCUCCCCCCCGGUAUUCAUUCAUCUCUGCUCUGUAAAAUCUGAAGCACAGAGGUUAUACAGGUUGCCUUUCUCAAUUCUACGCCUAGUUCAUAGUCCAGUAGGUUAUGAUUUGUUUGUUUGAAUCCAUUAUUAGUUUUCAAUUUUGCACAGAAUUUUGGCUAAAUGUAAAACUUGUUCCUACCUUGAAAUAGAAACCCUUAUUUUAUUUUUAUUUUUUUUGGUUUAGAAUUUCGAUUCCAUGAUAUCUAAAAGAAUGUUUAUGCAGCCAUCUGUCAGUGUAGCUUGCUUGUUGUACAUCUUGCCUCUUUUUGCAAGUUUUGCACGCAGUUUUACGAUACAAUACUAUAUGGUUGAAGCAAAAUGUGUGAAAAUGUUGGAUCAAACAGAAGCAUAGACAAUGUUUAUCCCUGGACAAAGGAAGGAUGAAGCCGACACAAACAGAUUGACAUUGCUGGUUUUAUAAGUUUGGUACCUUGGUAGGCAAGGAAUGAAGAAUAUAAAAGUUUCUAGAGAAGAUGUAUAUGUUCAGGAGUUCUGCUGGAGAAAACCCUUGAUGGUCGUCCGGCCAAGCAUACCGUGAGCGUUCAGGAGAGCCCUGGCAAGGGGACUACUGAGCAAUCUGGAGAAAGAUUGAAUUAGCUGUUGACUGGUCUGCAAAGUCCAAGCGCGCAAACAAAGAAUCAAAGAUGCAGGUAUACUUCACAUGAUCCCGCGGUGAGAGCUUAAUCAUCCUCAAGUUGGAAAAGUUCUUUCAUUUUUGUUUUCUCGAACCCAGUGUGUGUGUGUGUGUGAAAUCACUGCUUUGGCUAAUCCAAAUUCUACACGGG